AUGGAUCCAGAUGAUGCUCCUCUGUCUCUCAGCAUCGAUGGUGCCGCAAGCUUUACCCUCGAGGAUGUUGCUGGCCAGUCUGAUCUACUAGUCCCACCACCAGUCCAUCACGACUUCUGGCUGCCCGCCUCUUCGCUCUUGGAUCCGAGCCUUGGGCUUUUCCCACCACUGUCUGACGAAGUCAUUGGCAUCACCGGCAACCAGCAGCAGCAACAGCAUCUCCCUCCCGAGUUCACUCCCAAUCUGUCUACCCUUGCUUCGCUGGCCCAGGAUCCGACCUGGACUCAGCAACGGCCCCGUCUGGGCCGAGGCAACCGAUUCCAAGAAACGCCAAACCGUUCCGUCCCGGAACAGCAGGCUCGUCCAUUAGGUGACUCCGGUUCUGGUACUGUUGCUCAGUAUUCGGUUCUCGCUGGCGAAGUGGAUCCGUAUUUGCUGCGACACAUGCGGUUCAAAGAUGAGGGCACUUGCAACUUUGGCCAAUUUCAGUUUCGUUGUUUAGCUGAGGAGCUGGAUCCCCACGACACACAGCAGAUACAACACCGUAUUCCUGUUCAGUUCCUCAUCUCUAAUAGUCUGCAACCUGACGUCAACGCUGAAGAAAAGACUUCGCUUUCCAAUUUGAUCCAUCCGGAGCUGGGAGUACGACUCGUUGGCUUAUUUCUACGCUAUGUCUUCCCCAGUCUUCCUGUACUAUCUCGGAGCGGCUUGCAAGUCAAGCCGGAGACGUUGAUUCCUCCAACCACCGCCUUGGAAAGCCUCCACCCAUGCCUGCUGGCGGCCAUAUACGCCAUAGCCGGCAUGUAUAGCCGCUAUGAUCCAGUCCUGUGUGUUACACAGGCUGACAAAGUCUUCCCCACGGCGGCUUUAUGGCAACUGUCGCACCAAAGCAUCCUGCGAGAGAUGCACACCUCAAAGCUACAUGUGCUGCAGGCCAUUCUCAUAUACAUCCAGAGGGCAGUAGACGACACCACUGCCACUACGACGGAUACUCCCGGAGACUGGCCACUUCUAGGAGCGGCCGUAAAUCUUGCAAAACACUUGGGUCUGCAUCUUGAUUGUCUGGAAUGGCCCAUUCCGGCAUGGGAAAGGAGACUACGCCGCCGGUUGUGGUGGAUCGUAUGCUCCGAGUCUACUUUCCGUGGCAUCCUGAGAGGUCUCCCGAGGUUGAUCCAUGCCGACGAUUGCGAUGUCAGUCCUCUUAGUGAAACUGACUAUGAGAUCGACAGUUUGCUGUGUUCUUCAGAAGACACCACCCAACACAAUCCCGCCCUGCCAGGUCCCUGUCCAUAUUGUCACCUGGGCUACGACUUUAGAUAUCUAGCAAGCUUGUCUGUCAUUGCCUACGAUAUCAACCAGUCACUGUAUACCGUGGCUGCCGCCAAAAGGCUUGCUCAUGACUUUCUGGCCACCUUGACAGCAGCAGAGCCGCUUCUGGAGAAGCUCGAUGAGUGGAAACGCGGCCUCCCGACGCAACUUUCUCCCUACAAUAAAUGUGACGUAGAUAGUCGUCCAUACUUCCACUCUGGAUCCGCCGCCCAUCUCAAGUUGGCAUUCCUUACCCUUGAGGUCUUGGUCUACCGUGCCCUGAUGCGCCCCUUGGACAACCUGGCCAGUCCCCAGGCCGAUAUUAGAGAGACCCGGAUAUCAUCCGGAGGUGAUAAUCAUCGCUGGAUGCGCGAUGGGGGAUCGGACAUAUUGGAGGGCGACAUGGCUGAAAUCGGCGACAAAAUCCGAGGUUCCAUUGAUCUCGCCAGGCGUGCGCUCACGUUCACACAAGAACUGAGGGCGAGUGCAUGCUUUGCUACCAUUUCCAACUUCAUCCUGCUCCUUUUAGUGCAAGCCCCAACGUCCAAGGUGGCAGGCGAAUUGCUUGCCAUACUUGCCCGAUGGAUAAUGAUACUACGUGAUCAAUCGGUCACAUUCACUUUCAUACGACUGGGUCUGCUGCGUUUAGACUCUGUCUUAUGGGUUGGACUGGAGAAUUCAUUUAGGUUCCCAGCCCAUGUCAAACAGGCUCUGCAGAAUGACCCUUUAUCAAGCAAUAUUCCCAACCGGACGAAUCGAGGUCGCGCCCAUAAAUAA